UUCAAACCCACGGGAGCCAAUGAGAGCGAGCGGACGCGCUGUGUUCCAGCCGUAGCUCCAGGCGCGGGUUUUGAAGAAAAACUGUCGCGGAGGAGUCAUGGUGCCACCGCGACCGUCCGCAGCUGCCGAAGAGCGGCAGAGAAAGCUCCAGGAGUACCUAGCAGCCAAGGGAAAACUGAAGUGCCAAAACACCAAGCCUUACCUAAAAGCCAAGAAUAAUUGUCUGAAUCCUCCACCUUCUAAAUCUACUAUUGUACCCAAAAAGAAUGUUACCAAUUAUGUUGCUUUGCCUGUCAAAGCUACAAGACCCAUCAGCACUGAACUCCAGCCCCGACCUGCCAAAGGCCCAGGAUCCCAGAAGCCAAAGUUGGAGCCACCAAAACUUCUGGGCAAAAGGCUGACUUCAGGAUGCAUUUCUUCUAACUUAAACUGUAAGCCUUCCAGCAAUAGUCAACAACACCAUGAAGAGGGAUCAUCCACUACUGGCCAACUGCCUACAGAAACUAUGGGGUCACUUAAUAUACAGGAACUGAAAACUGCAAAGCAGCAGGUAGCAGAUCAAGGAAAUACUAAGUGUGCAGACUCUGUGGACUGUAACCAUGUUGAAAAUGAAUCCUUAGAUAGCUUUCUAAAAGAGAUAAACAAAGAAAACUUGCCCCAAACCUUACUAGACUCUGAAAGGAAGUCAAAUCCUGAAUUAUGGACAAUAUGUAAACCAAAGACUAAGUCUUAUAAUCAAACCAAGAGCAGUUUGGCUCCUAAACAAGCCUUGGGCAAAAGUUCUGGGAAUAGUGCUUUUCUGAAAGACCGAGUUAAUAAACAAUUUGUUGGAAAAACACAAAUUAGGAUUCCACCAGUAAAGUCACAGCAACUCUCUAGAGGAACAAACCUUGCAAGACCAGGAGAAAAACUCCCAAAGACGGCUCCCUAUCACUACGUUCAGACCCUUAGUAGGACUCAAGCAUCAAGGAAACCAGUGGUCAAGGACAUAAAGGAUAUAAAGGUUAAUAGGGAUAAAUACGAAAGACCAAAUGAAACUAAGGUACAGUCACACACUGUUACUGAACAGAAAGUAAAACACACCAAACCCCGGACAUGCCCUAGUGUGCUUCCGGGAGGCUGUAACAACAGACAUCCAAACACUAGGCAAGAUCAGAAAUCCACUCAACCUUAUUGUAGACCUUGGACAUCAUGUGCACUACAAAAAUCAAAAGCCAUAAGCCAAAGGCCUAAUUUGAUAGUUGGCAGUUUCAAUUCAGUCGUUCCAAGCACCCCUAACAUAACAGCAAAUGGAACCAAUGGGAAUAAAUGCAGCAACAGCUGUCAACAAAAAGCACAGAUUUUGGACACCAAGUUGAAAAAGACUCUUCCCCAGAACCAUUUUCUCAAUAAGACAGCUCCCAAAACUCAAGCUGGUAACAAAACGAUACAUGGAGGAAGAGUCCCAAAUGGGACCCAAACUAAUCCAAAUAUUAAGAAGAAGAUCACAGCAGAGGACCGAAGGAAACAACUGGAAGAAUGGCAGAAAUCUAAGGGGAAAAUCUAUAAACGGCCUCCUAUGGAACUUAAAACAAAAAGAAAAAUAAUAGAGGAAAUGAAUAUUUCAUUCUGGAAGAGUAUGGAAAAAGAAGAUGAAGAAAAGAAAGCACAACUUGAACUGUCCAAUAAAAUUAACAACACUCUGACAGAAUGUCUGCAGUUCAUUGAAAGGGGUAUACUUUCUAAUGAAGUAUUUACCAUAUUGUCCAGUAUUCCUGAGGCCAAAAAAUUUGCUAAAUUCUGGAUCUGCAAAGCAAAGUUAUUGGCCAGUAAAGGUACCUUUGAUGUCAUUGGGCUGUAUGAAGAGGCCAUUCGAAAUGGGGCAACACCAAUACAAGAGUUGCGUGAAGUUGUUCUUAAUAUUUUGCAAGACACAAACAGAACCACAGAAGGAGUUACCUCUGACUCUUCGGUUGCCGAGACGAAUAUAACGUCAAUAGAAGAGCUGGCCAAUAAAACGGAAUCUGAAAAGUCUUGUCUUUCUCUAAAAGAGAGAGAACAGGUUACAGGAACACCCCAAAUAACCAAGGCAGAGCAGGAUAACCAUCCUGGUAUCAAAUUACAGGUGGCCCCGAUCCCUAGGAUAAGUGGAAUAGCAGAAGUGCACGACAUGAAGCUGAUCACUCCCGUGCGGCGGUCGGCGAGGAUUGAGCGAGCAGUGUCCCGCUACCCGGAAAUGCUGCAGGAACACGAUUUGGUGGUGGCUUCUCUUAACGAGCUGUUAGAAGUGGAAGAAACAGAGUGUUUUAUAUUCCGUAAAAAUGAGGCUUUGCCUGUCACAUUAGGGUUUAAAAUCCUUGAGUCAUAAUUUCUUAAUGCCUUAAAAAAAAAAAAAAAAGAUGUUUCAGAUCCUCCAUGAAAGAAGAAACAACCCUUCUCUGGGUGACCUGGAAAAAACUGUAUAACAUACAGGCAGAUUAUGGGCUCU